UUCGAUGAGUUUUCAAAUAGCACUGGAAGGUUUUCUCUCUACGUCAUGCAUUCUGUUAUUGAAUAAAUAACAGAAUUUAAAAUUCACAGCAUAUAAUUAUAUUUUAAACAUAACGAAAUAACGAGAAUAGACAAGUCAUUUUUUUGAAAUACAAUCAUAUAUCAUUAUCAUGUGAUAGAAAUCUAUUGUUUGUUCCUUGGAUAGACGAUAUUAUAUCUGUAAGGUAAUAGGCUACAGGGUUGUUCGUUUUUUCGUCACGCUUGAUUGGAGCUACCUUCAAUAUUGUUGAUAACCUUUCGAGUGAUGAUUUUACAUUUGAAUAUGAACAGCCUAGACCUGUUUGAUAUUGUAGACUCUAUAAAAGAAUUUAUUAUUUAGUUCAUUGUCUCAAUCCAGUCUUUCGUUGUUUAAAUGAAGCUUGUUCUCAAUUAUUUGAUAAACCUGUUGAUUAUAUUCUUCAUGCACGUAUUCAUAGUCAAAAACGACAUAUUGGUUCUCGACGUACAUCUCGUAGUAAUGUUUGUUAUCGUCGUCGUAAACGUACAUAUCGUUGUAGAAUAUGCAAACAAUCUUUUGUAACAUCUGAACAAUUACAAUAUCAUAUGCAUUAUGAAACACAUAAAUUUCUUUGUCAGUUAUGUCCAGCAGAAUUUGAAUCGAAUAAUUCCUAUCAUAAUCAUAUAGCAAAACAUUCUGAUCUUGCACUUUAUCGUUGCACAGUAUGUAUUGAAACAUUUCAAAAACGAAAUGAUUUAUCACGACAUGUUAUAACACAACAUAAUGAAGAUAUACCAAAUCAAAAAAGUUGUUCAUCAUGUAAAUUAACAUUUAAAACAACAUUCCAUUUAAAUCGACAUAAUGUUACCAAACAUUCAGAUAUAAAACCAUUUAAAUGUCAACAAGAUGGAUGUGAACAAGCAUUUGCUCGAAAAGAUAAACUGAAACAACAUGCAGCGAAACAUAGUGAAUCUGGUGGAUUAUUUAAAUGUGAUAGAUGUGUUAAAACAUUUGUUCGACCAGAACAUUUACGUGAUCAUGAUAUUGUACGUCAUUCACAUCAAUAUCCAUUUCAGUGUGAAUUAUGUCAAAAAGGUUUUCUUCAUCAAAAUCAACUUUAUGCUCAUCAUAAACAACGUCAUUCGAUUGAAAAUCAAACGAUAAAGGAAAAUCCAGAAUGUUUUAUGUUUGAGCAAGCUCAACAAAAUUUAGAAUUUAGUAAUUAUCAAACAGAUUUAUAUUUAGAAAGACAAUGA